AUGGAAUUUUUAAAUUUUUUAGAAAUAUCAAGCUUACCAUCUCAUAUAUUAACGUUGAAAAUUGGAGCACCAAUAAUGGUUUUACAAAAUCUCAAUCCACCUAAAUUAUGCAAUGGAACUCGAUUAUGUGUAAAGACAUUAAAGAAUAAUAUAAUUGAAGGUAUUAUAUUAACAGGAUGUGGAAAAGGAGAACAUGUUUAUAUCCCAAGAGUACCUCUUAAACCAAGUGAUACACCAUUUGAAUUUGAAAGAUUACAAUUUCCUGUAAAACUUGCCUUUUCUUUCACAAUUAACAAAUCUCAAGGACAAUCACUAAAAACUACAGGAGUUUAUCUUGAUACACCAUGCUUUUCUCAUGGCCAAUUGUAUGUAGCAUGUUCAAGAGGAGGUUUUUUGUAUAUUUAUUGUAAAAAUAAAAAAACUAAGAAUGUUGUUUAUCAACAGGCAUUAAAUUAA